AUCCAGAUGAUAGCAAUGCCUGGGGGAGCUUCCUCACUCUGUCCUCUGUCUGCCUUUCAGCUGUGAGAGGAACUGCAGGCCAGUUAAUGCCAGCGAAGACAUUCUGCUCAGGGUCACCAUGGGGGAGGGCUCCCCAGUGGCUAUGUUCAGCUGGUAUUUGGACAACACCCCAACAGAGCAGGCCGACUCCCUCCCGGAUGCCUGCAGACUCAGAGGAUUUUGGCCAAGGUCCUUAACUCUCCUCCAGAGCAACACCUCCAUGUUGCUGCUGAACAGCUCCUUUCUGCAGUCCUGGGGAGAGGUCAUCCGAAUCAGAGCCACAGCACUGACCAGGCAUGCCUAUGGGGAGGACACCUAUGUGAUCAGCACUCUGCCUCCCCCUGAGGUGCCUGCCUGCACUAUUGCCCCAGAGGAGGGCACCGUUCUGACAAGCUUUGCCAUCUUCUGCAACGCCUCCACAGCCCUGGGACCCCUGGAGUUCUGCUUCUGUCUGGAAUCAGGUUCCUGCCUACACUGUGGGCCUGAACCUGUCCUCCCAUCAGUGUAUCUGCCACUUGGAAAGGAGAACAAUGACUUUGUGCUGACGGUAGUUAUUUCUGCCACCAAUCGUGCAGGGGACACACAGCAGACCCAGGCCGUGGCUAAGGUGGCACUCAGAGACACAUGUGUUGAGGAUGUAGCAUUCCAGGCUGCCGUGUCAGAGAAAAUCCCCACAGCUCUGCAAGGCGAGGGUGGCCCCGAGCAGCUCCUCCAGCUGGCCAAGGCCGUGUCCUCCGUGCUGAACCAAGAGCACGAAAGCCAGGGCUCAGGACAGUCGCUGAGCAUGGAUGUCAGGCAGAAGGUCAGAGAGCAAGUGCUGAGAUCACUGACUGCAAUCACCACCGGCUUGGAGGACGUGCAGAGGGUGCAGGAGCUGGCCGAGGUGCUGAGAGAGGUGACCUGCCGGAGUAAGGAACUCACACCCUCGGCCCAGGGGUCCUGCAUGGGUGAUUCAUGGGAAGGUGCCCCUCCUGCAGCCCGUGUAUCUCAUGCUGGGUGAGAGGGCCUGUUUGCCCAGACUCUCACUCCUGCAUCUGCUGGUGAGCAAGUUGAGGGAGUAACUGAAUCUCAUUAAUAUUUGGGUGGCCAAAUGUGAGUCCAGACACUGCUACUGACUGCCCAUGUUCUCAACUUCAGUGCAUGCCAGCCUGACAUCCGGCUGCCAGCUCCUGCCCUUCCUUAUCCUUCUGGGGGUCUUCUCUGACCCUCAGAGCCUGCUCUACCUGCCCAUAUGACUGUGAAUUCAUGCAGUGUUCAGUGACUAAUGGAGCUGGUGUAUAAACACCCCAGCUACCUUACCCCUCUUGCUGGAUAAUCCCAAGCAGGAGUGAAUCCCAGGUAAUGGGCUUGAUCACACUCCUGUACUGGCUUCCACCCUUCCCUGUCUCACACCCCCUACUCCCCACAAGUGUUUCUUGGGAUCAUGUCCAAAUAAAUGACUUGCUCUCAAA